GGUGUUGUACCGAAGACCACCUCUUUUCUCUAAACCCCGCCGAGUGUAGAUGGAGCGCGACACAGGCUGAGGUGAGCGGCGGCGGCCGAAUGCCAGGCACAAAUGCACGACCACCUGGCCGCCCUCCUCCGCGGCGGCGGCGGCGGCCGUCACCCGCGCGCAGUCCACGGCGCCGCCGCGAAGCUCGGCUGCCUCGCCUCCAUCUACCUCUGCAACAACCUCCUCCUCUCCUACAUCAGCGGCAGCCUCCACGCGGAAGCACGCCGCCUGUUCGACGAAAUGCCCCAGCGCAACGUCGUCUCCUGGUCAGUCCUCGUCUCCGGCGCCUCUCGCCUCGGCGACCUCCGGGAGGCCUUUCUUCUCUUCUCCGACAUGCUUCGUAGCGGGGAGCGCGGAAGCUGCGACCGCCCCAACUCGUUCGUGCUGGGCGCUCUGGUCGCCGGGUGCGCCCGUGCCAAAGACACCGUCGCGGGCUCGCAAGCGCAUGCCUCCGCUCUCAAGUUUGGUGUGGCCGAGGACGAGAGCGUUGCGGGGGCGCUGGUGGAUAUGUACUCCAAGUGCGGGCGCGUGGACUCGUCGUGGCGGGCGUUUGCGCUCUCGCCGCAGAGGUGCGUCGCCAGCUGGACGAGCAUAAUCAGCUGCCUUGUCAACCAGGGAUGUUCAGAGCACCGUGAUGCAGCAAUUGCCUUGCUAAAGAGGAUGCUGCUCUUGAAGGUUUGGCCAACAAACGCAACGUUUUCUUGCAUCCUCAAGGUAUUUGAUGCACCCGAGUUGCUCCCUGGUGGGAAGCAAAUCCACGGCUGCUUAUUGAAGAUGGGAACUGAUGUUGAUCCUGCUUUAGGAACCGCCCUUAUAGCGAUGUAUGGUAGAUGUGGUGGAGUGAAUGAGAUGGCUAGGUUGUCUUGCCGGAUAAGGCAUGAUGCCUUCUCCAGGACUUCACUUCUUGUAGCUUUUGCACGGAAUGGAUGCAACAUGGAGGCAGUUUGGAACUUUCGUGAGAUGGUCAUGGAAAAUAUGGUGAUUGAUCAGUCAGCUGUAACUAGCCUACUGCAGGUUUGUUCAUCAUUGGGACAGCUGAGAAUGGCCAAGGAGGUCCACUGCUAUGCUCUGAAGACUUUCUUUAAGCUGGAUACAUUACUGCUCAAUGCAACCAUCACUGUUUAUGGAAGAUGUGGGGAUGUCAUGAGUGCAGAGAUUAUAUUUGAUCGUUUGGAAAACAAAGACAUUAUAUCAUGGACGGCAUUAUUAACUUGCUACACACAAAAUGAUCUUGCUCUGGAGACACUCUUGCUCUUCAGGGAAAUGCUUCGGAAAGGCUUAGGAUCUCCCGUCUUUUGCAUUACCAGUGUGCUAAGGGCCUGUUCUAGCACCACAAAUUAUGCUGUUGGGUGGCAAAUUCACUCGAGGGCGGUGAAGUUAGGAAUUGAUGAUGCCAAUUCAGUUGAGAAUGCCCUUUUGACUAUGUACGCCAAGUGCGGAAGUGUUCAUAUUGCACUGAAGAUUUUCAAUUCAAUGAGAAGUAGAGGCAUUAUCUCGUGGAAUGCACUAAUCACAAGUUUUUCACAGCAUGGAAAUGAGGUGGCAGCCAUUCAGCUAUUUGAUCUGAUGCAAGAAGAAGCAGUUUGUCCAGAUGAUUACACUUUUGUCGGGUUGUUAUCAUCUUGCAGCCGAAUGGGCCUAGUUGCUGAGGGUUGUGAGUAUUUCAAACUGAUGAACACCAAGUACAGUGUGAAGCCUAAGAUGGAGCACUACACAUGCAUGGUUGAUCUUUUUGCCCGCGCUGGAAGAUUUUCUGAUGCACUCGAGUUUAUUGAUGCUAUGCCUUGUCAUCCGGACCAACUCGUGUGGGAAGCUUUGCUAGCUUCAUGUAGGACUCAUGGUAAUGUGGAGUUGGGAAGGCUGGCAGCAAAGAAGAUUCUUGAAAUAAGACCAGAUGAUCCUUCACCAUACAUUACAUUAUCCAGCAUUCAUGCUUCAAUUGACAUGUGGGAAGAGAAGGCUUGGAAUCGUACUGUGUUUGAUGUCCAGCGAGUAAGAAAAGAUGUGGGAAGUAGUUGGGUUGCUGGAGAAGAAUUUUCAGAUAAUACAUGCGAUGUAUUACAAGUUGGAAUAACGUAAGAUUGGUGAUGCGUUGAUGUGUCGUUUUCUACACAUCAGGUGGAGUUACACUUGAUAGUUGUAUUGAGGCAUAAUGGACUCAACCGUGUGAGAUUGACUGACUGCUUGCCGCGGUUGUCAUGUCUGGGAAUUGAGCCCAAUGUCAUAUCUCCACUAGAAAGAUGACUUGGUACGAAGGACAAGAUUAUUAUCCUUUAUAUGCCUAGGACUUGGUAUCUUAAGGUGAGUUUUGAUGUUAUUGGAAAUUUAGAGGUGUAAACCCAUUAUUGGAAGCAAAUGCAAUGCCAGGCAUCAAUACCCUUUUUUGCAUUCAACCUCUAAUGGAAGCAAAGAAGACACAAUGCUAAUGUCAGGUUAACUGCAACAUCAACAAUCUGUAUACCAGGAUCUCGUAUGUGCUUACUAUUCAGUAUUCACAAUUCAAAACACUGGAGCUUCACUACUGAAUAUAUGUCAGUAUGUGAUGAUGCGUGCGAUCUUGUUGAGCUUAGGGAUGCAAAGUGGCGUCCCACGUCAGCCCGCUUCCUUAAGUUGAUAAAAAAAGAAUAAGGCUGGCCCCUAUUUGCUGUAAUCAGUACAUUUUAUACUGGCAGCUUAGUUUAGUGGGCCUUAGCACGAUGCCACUUUGCAUCCCUAGUUGAGCUUGUAAUGUAGCCAAAAUACAAGAUGGGUGGAACAGUCAACAGAAGAACUGUAGAGCAACUAUUUUUCGAGUACUUGGAUCUCAUGAAGUUAUCUGACUUCAGUUUACAUUAUACCAGUACCAAUUCUUACAUGGAAAACUAGUUGGAA